CCUAGGUUUCGCUCUGAGGACCUGAUUGCUGUUAGCAGAAGCGAUGAAUGAGCAUCUGCCGAAUUUACUAGAUACUUCCUCGCUCGAAUACGGGACCUCCGAUACUCUUAACCCUUCUUCAACUUUUCAAUCAGCUACUUGAUUCUGCUCCGAUGCGGCACCCUCUCACAAAAAUUCUGUGACUCCCGAUGAGCGAACCUCCAUUAGCUCUGGAACAGAGUACGAUGUCGCAUACGGCUUUACAUAUACUCAGAACGUAGUUCUGAUCGACCCGUACAAUGAGUGACUCUAUCUGGAUAUCGCCCUUCAUUGAACACUGCCUCUCCAGCUACCACACCGAGGAGGACUUGCGACCUGACCGCGACCUGAAAUGGGAAGAUGAUGGAAGUAACCUCCGUUUCCCAAGUCCUGUCAAGCACAGCGCCUUGAUCAACUCUUGGAAUCUCCCAAAUGCCAUUCUGACCGAUUCGGACACGCAAAUCGAAGCAAGACUAUCAGGCGAAUCCCUCCAAGAAUAUGGUAGAGCCUUCCCGCGGGAACCGCUUAGCAGCGAUGGGUGCCGAGGGUAUCUCAUUCAGUUGGACAAGUUCGAGCUGGUUUACGCAUACUCUACUGGAAAGCCAAGCGUUAACCUUUACGUCGAACGGUUCAGUAUCAUAUGGGGAAGAGGCAAGACUAGGUCUCCGCCAACAGGGAAAGUGAUUAGGAAAAAGCGCCCUCUGGUUUUGCUAAUGCAGAAAGUUUAUGGUGAGAUCAAAGCCAGAGAAUCACAAGAAUUGCAAGCGAAGAACCGAUCCAAGGAAGAACUAGGGAGCGAAGGGAGCGUUGGUGAUAUUCUCGCAACCCAAGCAAUAAAUGGUCAUGCAUAUGCUUCCACACAGGCCCAUUUUAUGUCUCAAUUAUCUUCCCACCUAUCCGCGAUUGCAGAGCCAAGACAUGACCCAGUACACGAUGCAACCAGUUCGCAGAGCAACUCGAGACCAGAAACCGCAGAAGGGUCACGACCGAGCCGAGAGAGGUUUACGGAUACGCACUUGUUGAAUCGGCCAUCUGUGACUGCUGCGGCAGGACAUUCUCGCGGUGCAAGGAGUGUAUCUACUACUAGUAAUAGGCUUCCAUCCCCCGACGAAGUGCAAAGACCAACGAAUACACCUCUGAAUAAAACUCCACCUGUGGAGGCAGAGAUUAGUUCUGGGCCAGCUGGGCCGCAAGUCAGCACAACUCGUCCGUCUCCGCACGAUCUUACCGGAAAGGGUAGUCCGCCUGUGAAUAUGGAAGGAAUGUUACAGGGGGAAGACAUUGAAAGGCGAGACUCUCCGUACUCUCCUGAUAAGCAAUUGAAUUCCCAACUGCAAGCUUCACAAAAUGUUACUUACCGGCCACGAAACCCACGGGCAGAUACAAGUCAGAGUAUGGUUGACCCCUGGGAGGAUAUGGCGGAAAUCAGAAGCGUCGAUGUCACGGUACCAGCAGAUCAAAGGGAGAUCCUGGGGCGUGAAAAGAGCCAGUGGUAUCCACCUCUGAUUGGGCAACCCAGUGUUUCCGGCCAUGUGCCGCCGGCCUUGCUAGACGAAUGGAAUAAAAUUGUCCUCCGAAGGAGCCGAAGAACAGCAAGCAGCAGAUCGAAUUCCGCGGAGGAUGACCGGCCUAAUGACUAUAAUACAUGUUCGUCAGGAAGCCAAGGAUUAGCAGAUAGGAGAUCAAAGUCUCCGGGAGAUGAUCGGCCUAGUGGCCAUAAUACCCCGACAGCAGAAGGCUCAAGAACAGCCGACAGUACAGCAGAAUCUCCGGAAGGUGAUGGAUCCAGUGAGCGUGACACACCGUCGCCAGCGACAGAAACUUUUAGCUGGAGCGACAGCCCUGACCAACCUCCGCGUCGUGGUAGGGGGACUUUACCAUUGCCAGACGAUAGCAGUCCGCCCAGGGGACAAUCUGUAUCUCGCGCACUACAACGGAUGAGCUCAGGUGCGCUGGGAGUCACAAAUCCCACCUCCCACGAUUCAACGAAUGAGAACCAUCCACCAUUCGAGGCUGGUCAAGAACAAGUCCUUGGUAACUCAGCUAGAUCCCUUGAACUCGCGAGGACUAAACCAGCGUCUGAAGUUAUUGCACUGACCGUGGUGCAUGGCAGCGGCGGACACGAAUCUGAUGACAGCGGCUCUGAAUCAGAAAUGGAUGAAAUAGUACCCCAGCCACAGAGCGGUAGUACGCAACAAGGAGUGUCUAGUGAGCUCGAAAUGUCAAGCUCAGGCCCGCAAUUGCCUGGGUCUACAAAACAAAUCCAGGUUGCGGAAACUCCAUCAACAGUUCUGCAUAAAUCGCGUGCUAUAUCAUCCAAACAAGGUGACUUGGAGCUCAGACCAACGAAUUUGGAUCUUUCUUCACAGGCCGACAAGACUUCGUCUCAAUCACGCAUCGUCAACACGUACGCAAGCCUCGAGGGAGAUAGCAGAGAGGAACUGUUUCAGGGUAGCUCAAAAUCUGUUCUAGAAAACGAGGGCGACAGUGCAACCGGUGCGCAAGUAGUCGAUACGCCAAUAAGCGGCCAGGCUCCGCAAACGCAGGAUUUCACUUCUCAAUCCCAGUCGGGUUCUCUCUUGCCUUCAUCGGCACCGAAGAGUACCGAAUCGAGCGCACCUAUCGCGGUCGCUACGUAUCCAUCGCAGUCUUCCAACGCCUUUUCGUCCUACCGCGACCUUCCUUCAUCGUCAAUGUUUUCGAUGGUAGAGGAGCAGAGGAGCCCCAGCAUACAGCGUUCUGCACCAGAAAGCCCUCUCAUACCUCCGAAGCGCCUUGCAUCUGAGAUUGAUGCCGACUUCAACACAUCACCGUCAAAACGAAGCAAGGUGGAUCAAAAGCCAACAAUAAUCGAUCUUGAAACUGAAUAUGACGCAAAACUCCUUUCCCGCUAUCAAGAAUGCAUCAACUCAGCACAGUCCACCGAAGCGUCAAAAGCUUAUAAGGAUUUCUGCCGCACCUACCCUGCGUACGUUGGGGAUUUCGCUCAUUUUGUGAAACUCUGCUCCAAACUACAAGCGUUCCGGGCACGUGGCAACCUACAAAGAUCUCCACUGUGGGAUGAUUUUAUUAUCAAAAGUCUUGAAGACUAUGGUGCCUAUGCAGAGCAAUGUAUGGCAAAUGGAACCAAGCAGCUACCCUACGAAGAAUUUUUCGCUAGCUCUUUCUCAAGGCCUACUUACAAGAGUCGGUCUCUGUCCAUAGACGGGAUCAAUGCCUGCGCAGCUCAGUUUAUUACUAUUGACGAGACACCAACGGUUACACCACCUGAUCCAACGGCAGAUACGAAACUAUCCUUCACGAGCGGUAUUAGGGACCAACUAUCCAACUUCCACACGCAUUCCUUCGCGGCGACGCGAGAUUAUGAAUCCCAAGGCACCCAAGAAGAUAAUGGCAUCGGGUCUCAAUACAGCAUUCCCGACAGCGAGCCUAUUCGCGCCGCUGCACAGGAGAUUGAGCACGAAGAUACUCAGCAGACCGAUGAUAAUGAUGAAAUCAUGGAAGAUGCUGAAUAUAUUGGCGCAGCCCACGAAACAGCUAGCAUUGAGCUCGGUGAUGAAGAGUCCCCCAAUGUCAGGCAAGCCCUGUCUGGCGACGACGACGACGACGAGACUAUGGACGAUCCUCUAGGUGACGAGCUAGCCGAGACCGCAAACACAGAGCCAGCGGUCACCCGUGAAGAUCCGGCCGAGCACCCUUUUGAUGCAGUCGUAGAAGCGGACAGUGAUGUUGAUCGCAACGAUCAACAUGAAAUCACUGGCGCGGAUGCUCUAAAUGCACAAAUGGAUGAUGAAGAUGAAGUCGGAGAAACAGAGGAAGACGAACCCGAGCCCGCUUCCGCAGUUGCAGACAAAAACGCAGAAGUCGAAGAAACAUAUGAUGACCAGUCCGAGGCUGCGAGCGAAACAGCCGCAAACGCAAACGCAGAAGUCGACGAGGUCGAAGAAGCUGUCGAAAAAUUAGUUGACGAAGUAGUCGACGAAACGGCCUCGGACAUAGACUUCGCAGUGCCCGACCCUGAUGACGCUGACGACCCCAACGAGAACUGGUUCCUCUCCCUACGCAACCUCUACCCCGCAGAGCCCGUCUGGUCCGACGACGCCAACACUCCUUUCAAGAAAUGGGCGCGGGCAGAUCAGAAUGUCUUCAGUGUGCGGAAUCGUCGCGGGGGCGCGCAUGUGUUGACUGACGAGCAGGGCGUUAUCCAGCGGAUGAACCGGACGAGUUGGACGCGGCGAUGAGUUGCUAUGUUUUGUUUCUUUUGCUUAUUUUGAUUGGUUUCAUGCGAUUGAUACCUCUGACUCGAUCAAUAUUCAAUAUUUCUUGCUUUUCAAGCCUUUCACGGAGGUUUUAUUACUAUAUCAUAGCGUUAUAUGGGUGCGCGAAUCGUCCGUAAUUUCACUCCCAGUAAAGUUUGCGGGAGAACAUUGAAUCUGUACACGGUAUCGUUUGUGAGCACCUGAGGCACUCCAAGGCUAGUAUUACCACAUACGACAUUUCUAGAGAAGAUCUACUCAAACCAAGUAGCUACGUGAUCAGUGUACUUUACUAGUAUGUGAAUGUGGGUAAAAUUGAUAAGAUGUGAUUCAUUAUCGAGAUCAGGGUAUCGUUAUCGUUAGUAAGAUCUAUCAACAUCCCAUGCGGCGGUGGCAGGGCCCGAGGCAGUCAAGCUAACAUAGCAAAUAUAUAUAGCAAAAAGAGAUAGCCAGCCGUAAACUAAUGCAAUUGAAGAGCUAUAACAAGUAAAUUCAAGUCCAGUGCAACUUGCAUGAGGUCGUCAAUCCUUCAUUUUGAGUUUUAUUCCCCUUAUGUGAUGAGUUUUGUAUGUGUGUGAAAGGAUCGCUGGAUAAUAACAGGUGCGAAGUGCGUGCUUAGACGUGACGGAACGGCUCGUAGGAGGUCGUUCGCUCCGGCGCGUGAGGGUACUGAGGAGCCGCGCUGUGGUAGUGUUGUUGCUGGGGAGAGGGGAACGCGCCGCUUCCGACAGGCUCGUAGGUGUAGGGAGCCUUCUCGGCGGUGAUUCCGCCGCGGUUGCGGCCGUGGCGGUGGUUGUAGGGUGAACGGCCGGAGCAGCAGCACGAGCUGAUAGCCCAGAAGAGCGCAGCGGCGAGCGAAAAGGCGGUUGCAAGCCAGGUCGCGACGUAGAUGUUUCGGCCCAUGUGUCCCUCGAUACCGUACGGCUUGAUCUGGUCAUUGAAGACACCCGCGACGACGGCGAACAUGGCGGUUGAGGUUGCCGAGGCGGCGGCGGUGAAGAGGAAGGCGGCGAUGGCGAUGAGGGUCGUCACGCAGGAGCCCCAGCGGCUGAAGAUGGCGGUGAUUCCGAGGAGGAGCUCGAGGGCGGUAGCGGCGAAGGCGAUCACAUAGGCGACAAACAUCCAUUUCGAGACAUUGCGAUAGACGUUGAGGGCAUCGUCGACCUUGUCGGGAAGGGCGUUUUGCAGGCCCAGAGUCUCGAGAUUCCAGACCUUGACAGGGUCGAACCAGAACUCGGCUUUGGGCGAGGAGCAGUUGGAGACCUUGUAGUUGUUACUCGAGGUCACGUUGCCCUCGCAGUAGCCGAGAAGACCAAUGUUGUAGAAGUCGGGAAUGCGGAAGUAUUUCUGGACUUCGUCGAGAGCGGCGGUAAUGUCGCCGUCGUCAACGGAGAUGUUGAGGUUGUCGAGGACAUCGCCGACUGUCGACUGUAUGGAUGAGGAACCGUUUAGGUCUCGUAAAUCGGCCUAUCGCGAUUGUUAGAAUUGAUCGCAGCGAUCAUGGGAGAGGUAAACUCACUCUGAAGAAAUACAGAUCGCGGAGCGAGUCUGUGCCGUUAUCUGUGGAGCCGAGCCCAACGACGAUGAGGCAUAUUAAGGCGGCGAUAGUGAGGACAUAUGGGGUGAAGAUGCAGACAAAGCGACCGGCUUUACCCAUUUUUAAUUAUUGUCGAUGGAUGUGAUGGUAUAAAGAAGCAAGGGUGACAAUUGAUGAAAGAGGUGAGAUGAGAUGAAAGAGGCUAUCUGAGCUGAGGAAGAGGCUGGAUUUAUGGCCGAUGUGUUGCAGGCCAGCUUGAGGCGACGAAAGAGGCGCAGACCAGCUUCGCCUCUUGUUUUCUAAUUUAAGGAUAAACAAAUAAAAUUUCUGUGGCUUGAUCAUCACCCAGCCUAACUGCUUCUGGUAAAACCACGCGUCCCUGACGUCUGCCCUCCAGCCUUUCCUCCAUCUCCAUCUCGAUUUCCACGUCACUUUCUAAGUUGUACAAGCAACGGUCGAGUAUUGAACCGCGAUAUAUUUUCUGCUUGUCCAUCUAUGAUUGACUGAGUCUCAUUUCGCGAACUCUCUCGGAAGAAAUCUCACUGUUAGAGUUCUCAUACGGGCUGUGUCAGCCUUUGGUUUCGGGUUAGGCUUCACUAUUUCAGAUCUUGGCACGCUGGCCUCCAGACUGCGGAAUGCCCCCACACCGAACAUCAAAUUCCACUGCCUGCGUUUCCGCCAACAACGCUUCGUCAUCUCCUGUCCCACGGUCUGCUCAGGUCCUGAAAAGCGGUCAUUGGACUCGCGUAGGCAUCGACAUUCCAAUCCUCCACCUGCCCAAGCUUCUAGAAAUCGCGGUUCAAAAUUAGAACUUUGAAUAAACUACAUAGCGGAGUUCCAGUUGUACGUAGGCUGUGUUAGCUUCAUCAAAUCUCAAAAUCUCGAAUCUCCGCCGUGCGGCUGAGCUCAGCCUUAUCCAGACUCCAGAGUCCACUUGGCCUCGGACUUGGAGCCCAGCCCCCGUUUGUCACAUGACCCCAGCCUUGACUUUUUCUGCCUCAGGCAUGAUGUCAGUAUUCCAUAGUGCAAACAUUCAAGCUUCAUUCUCCGGGGCCAAGUGUAGGAAGUGUGAUAACGGAAAUCUUAUUGUCAUAAUUACGAUGUCGACAGAUAUAUAUAACGGCCAAAGUUGGAAGAGUAUAUAAUACCACGAGCAUUUGAUCCACCACGCAAUCAUCUAUUAGGUCUUAGCCGACUAGGCUAGAAGCAAACUAGAAGAACUGGACAACAAAGAUAACCAGAGUUUCUGCACUAUUUCUAUGCAUGAUUGAAUAAUGAAAAGCAACGGUCAUUUCAAGAGAUAUGUGCAUAUCAAUCUUUGUUAUAUAUCCUCUUGGCCAUGGCGUAACAGUCUAAAUACUACUCUUAGUUUAUUUCUUUGCAUAAUUAAAAGCAC